UAGAUUAGAAUCGAAAAGAUGUGUUAUGCGAAUAGCUGCUGCUUCUGCAUGUCAUUACGGUCGGGCUGCAUUGCGAUUUCACUUUUUUCAAUUUUUAGCGCUGGCUUAAACAUUGACUUCAUUAUCUCGAUCCUUACUGACUAUAAAGUGGCCCGAGUAAAAUAUCUAUUUCCAGUAACCGAUAUAAAUGUUUUGCUUCAGCUGGUGCCAGAAUUUCUAAUGAUAAUUGCCGCGAUUUUCUUGUUCAUUUACACAAUAGCGCACAUAACUUUUUUUGUAUUCUUAUAUGUAAUCCUUGCCGGCAGUCUGAUGCUCUAUGUACUAGGAUUUAGCAUAUUUUCGACCAUAAUGCGCUCCAAUAUGAUUGUCAAUGAAAGUAAAAUGUAUUUGAUUGCUUAUUGGAUAUAUGUGGCCUUUAGUUUCGUAACAACGAUAUACUUCCUGUAUAUCGCUCUCUCCUAUUAUAAAUUUAACUUGGAAUCGAGGCGAGGCUAAGCUUUAGGCUGAGCACCUAAAGGGAUUUAUGCAAAAUAAAGUUUGAACUCAAAAUUGAAAUGAAGUAUCAUGUCUAGACAUAGAUCAAGUUUUCAGAGUCUUUCUUUCGGCAUUCCUUACUUUUAAGGCCACAAAUUGUAAAUCAAUAAACAUGCUUUGACUUUUUGUUUAUUUUAUCUAUAAUA